AUGGCGCAAGUACAGCUGCAUGGAGUAAUUGACGCAACCAUCUUCGAGAUAGAUAAGCUUCCGGGAGGUUGGUGGAUGUCCUUCCUCAAGUACCUAGAUAAAUUAAAGGAAAUAUUUGGGUAUAAAGCUUCUGCAAGACUGUAUGCAACAAUCCAUUUAGACAAUGCUAAAGUUGGAGCAACUAGACGUUUGGAAUUUGACAAAGAUUCUCCUCCCCAAUGGCAGCAAUCCUUCCACAUUUACUCUGCCCAUUUAGCCUCUCAAGUUAUAAUCUCUUUCAAAGUUACCGGUUUUCAAACUACACAAGUGAUUGGAAGAGCUUAUAUGCAAGCUGAAGAAUUACUUAGUGGAAAACCAGUAGACAAAUGGCUUGAAAUCUUGGAUGAAAAACACCAUAAACCUCUAUCUGGAGCUCCUAAAAUCCAUGUCAAAUUGCGUUUCUCUGGUGCCACAGCAGACCCAAACUGGUCUCAAGGAAUUAAAACUCCUGAUUUUCCAGGAGUUCCUUACACAUUCUUUACGCAGAGGAAUGGCUGCAGAGCAACCCUAUACCAAGACGCUCAUGUCUUAGACGAAUUCGUACCCAAGAUCCCUUUUUCUCCUGGUUACGAGCCUCAUAGAUGCUGGGAAGAUGUAUUUGAUGCUCUUUCCAAUGCCAAGCAUUUGAUUUACAUAGCAGGUUGGACAGUGUACACUGAGAUUACCUUGAUAAGAGACCCAAGGAGGCCAAAGCCAGGAGGCGGAGUCACUCUCGGAGAGCUUCUUAAGAAGAAGGCGAAUGAAGGGGUCAGGGUCCUAAUCCUUAUUUGGGAGGAUAAAACUUCUGUGGAGCACAUAUAUCCGGGAAAAAUGGCUACUCAUUGUAUAGAGACGAACAAAUACUUCCGGGAUACAAAAGUCCACUGUGUGUUAUGCCCCAGAAAUCCUGAUAAUGCCGAAAAGACAGUUGGAGGAUUUUUGUUUUCGACCUUGUUCAGUCACCACCAAAAGAUUGUAGUGGUGGACAGUGAGAUUCCUAAUGGAGAAUCAUCAUCCAAGAAAAGGAGGAUAGUGAGCUUCAUUGGCGGGAUUGAUCUUUCUGAUGGGAGAUAUGACAAUCAGUCCCACUCCCUUUUCAGGACCUUGAAUACUGUCCACCGCAAAGAUUUCUAUCAGAACGGUUUCUCUGAUGCAUCAAUUCUUAAAGGUGGACCAAGAGAGCCUUGGCAUGAUAUCCAUUGCCGAUUGGAAGGAGCUAUUGCUUGGGAUGUCCUGACCAAUUUUGAACAGAGAUGGAGGAAGCAAGGUGGUGGGGAGGACUUGCUUGUUCAUUUGAGCGAACAUGGUGACAUUUUUAUACCUCCAUCUCCAGUUCUGUCACCUGAAGAUAGUGAGACGUGGAAUAUUCAAUUGUUUCGAUCCAUAGACGAAGGAGCUGUUGAUUAUGACUGGCCUAAUGAAUUUCAUCAUAAUGUUUUUUUCAAUCUUGGUCUUGUAAAUGGGAAAGAUCAUGCAAUUGAAAGAAGCAUUCAAGAUGCUUAUAUCAAUGCCAUUCGACGAGCAAAAAACUUUAUCUACAUCGAAAAUCAAUACUUUCUUGGGAGUUCUUUCGGUUGGAACACACAAGGCCAUAACCUUGGAAAGGUUGGUGCUUGGAAUCUUAUUCCAAAGGAACUAUCUCUGAAGAUUGUUAGUAAGAUUGAAGCAGGAGAGAGAUUCACAGUCUAUGUUGUGAUUCCUAUGUUCCCAGAGGGUAUACCAGAAGCUCUUCCCGUUCAACCAAUAUUGUUUUGGCAAAUGAUGACAAUGGAUAUGAUGUAUAGGGACAUAGCUCGUGCUCUCAAAGCCAAAGGUCUUAAGGCAGAACCCAAGGACUAUUUGACAUUCUUAUGCGUCGGCAAUCGGGAGAUAAAGAAGAGCGGUGAAUAUGAACCUCCAGAGAAACCAAAAGAUGGUACAGAUUACAGCAGAGCUCAAAAGUCCAGACGAUACAUGAUUUAUGUCCAUUCAAAGAUGAUGAUAGUUGAUGAUGAAUACAUAAUCGUUGGAUCAGCCAACAUCAACCAAAGAUCAAUGGAUGGAGCCCGUGAUACAGAAAUUGCCAUGGGAGCCUACCAACCACACCACCUAGCCACCACUCAACCAGCUAGGGGCCAGAUUCAUGGCCAGCGGUUGGCUCUGUGGUAUGAGCACUUGGGCAUAUUUGAUGACACCUUCCUCAAACCGGAGAGCAUACAAUGUGUUCGAAAGGUGAACGAGAUUGCCAAAAAGAAUUGGAGCCUUUACAUCCAAGAGAAGUUAGACGAUGACUUGCCUAGCCACUUGCUCAGCUACCCCAUUGAAGUUCUCAAUGAUGGACAAGUUACAAAAUUGCCUGGAAGUGAAUUUUUCCCAGAUACUAGAGCUCCAGUUCUUGGGGAUAAAACCGAUCGACUUCCUUCAGUCAUCACAACUUAAAAAGUUAAAAAUGCAUCUCCUUUCCUCAUUCCAUUAGAGCUAUAUGUUCCUACUUUGAUUUUUCUUUUCAGUGUUUUUUUUUUUUUUUUCCUCAAUGAGUGAGAAGUUUGGUUGGACCCAUAUCUAGCUUGAGCGUGAUUCAGUUAAUGUAGUUAAUUUGGUUGUGGACCUUUCUUCGGACGUUCCUUGGAGUUACAAGGCAAAAUGUUCUUCGGAUUUGUAUGUUUUAUUCCGGUACUCUUUUUCCCUUUAGAGGUUUUCCCCACUGGGGUUUUUUCUCUUGAG